GAAAAGCUUUACCGGAAAAUAGUUGAUAGGGAGUUUAUGACAAGUUAUUACAAUUGGCUAAUACGGUAACACAAACUGUUAACUAAACAAGUAAAUAGUAUAUAGUUGUAAUAAUCACUUAACUAUCGACGAUGCAUCCUAAACCCCUCGAAUCCGGUGAGGUGGAAGAAGAGAGUGGCGAGGAAUCCAGCACGAUCCUGCAAGCUGGAGAUGCAGAAAUAUUGCUGAACGCGAUGUCAACAACUUCCAGUAAACUAGAGGAGGCCACCACGGCGAACUGCAGCCCCCUGCCAAACGAUAUCGAAGGAGACCGUUGUGUGUCCUCACAUACAGAAGUCGACAAACUCAUACAAGCCCAACAACAAGAGGAAAAGGACUCAGGUCCAAGAAUGACGAAGACAUUUCUGAAGGACCACUGCAAGCAAAAUAAACUCUACAUGACACCUCGAUUGAAUGACACACUGUAUUUGCACUUCAAAGGCUUCUCCACUAUAGAGAAUCUGGAGGAGUACACAGGGCUGAAGUGUCUCUGGCUGGAGUGCAACGGGCUGCAGCGCAUCCAGAACCUGCAGGCCCAAACAGACCUACGCUGCCUCUUCCUCCACCAGAACCUCAUACACAAUCUGGAGAACUUAGAACCACUCAGCAAGCUCUGCACCCUCAAUGUCUGCAACAACUACAUACACACCAUCGAAAACAUUGCCUGCCUCCCUGAUCUGGGCACCCUGCAGAUAGCCCAUAAUAAGCUGCAGACAGUGGGAGACGUGGAGCAUCUGAGUCAGUGCCUCUCCCUCAGUGUACUGGACAUGUCCCACAACCUGCUGGAUGACCCAGACAUCCUCACUGUGCUGGAGAGAAUGCCUGAACUGCGUGUGCUGAACCUGAUGGGAAAUGAAGUGAUAAAGAAAAUCCCAUACUACAGGAAGACUAUGAUCAUACGUCUAAAACAGCUGACAUACCUGGAUGACCGACCUGUGUUCCCAAAGGACAGAGCGUGUGCGGAGGCGUGGGGGACAGCGGGUCCGGAGGGGGAGCGCAGGGAGAGGGAAUCAUGGCAAACACGAGAGAGAAGGAAGAUCCAGGACAGUCUGGACGCCAUGGCAACCAUCAGAGACCAAGCCAGGGAGAGACUGCGAGUCAGAGAGCUGCAAGAGAGAGGGGAGUAUGAGACCACUACAACUCCAGAACUUGAGAGCCCCAGUGAAAAGAACCAGAGACAGAAUCAGAUCCCGGGCUGGGAGGAGAGGAUCCAGGUGUUUGUGGAGGACAGUCUGGAGGCCCAUGAAGAGUUCCUACCGACACAGAGAGAGCAGCCAGAAAAGGAGGAGCUACGGAAUAAACAGCCACUGAAGAAGCAGCUAGACAGAGAACAACCAGAAAGAGAGGAUCCGGAGAGAGAUCAGCUAGAGAGAAAGCACCAAGAGGGAGAUCAGCUAGAGAGAGAGCACCAAGAGGGAGAUCAGCUAGAGAGAAAGCACCAAGAGGGAGAUCAGCUAGAGAGAGAGCACCAAGAGGGAGAUCAGCUAGAGAGAGAGCACCAAGAGGGAGAUCAGCUAGAGAGAGAGCACCAAGAGGGAGAUCAGCUAGAGAGAGAGCACCAAGAGGGAGAUCAGCUAGAGAGAGAUCACCAAGAGGGAGAUCAGCUAGAGAGAGAGCACCAAGAGGGAGAUCAGCUAGAGAGAGAGCACCAAGAGGGAGAUCAGCUAGAGAGAGAGCACCAAGAGGGAGAUCAGCUAGAGAGAGAGCACCAAGAGGGAGAUCAGCUAGAGAGAAAGCACCAAGAGGGAGAUCAGCUAGAGAGAGAGCACCAAGAGGGAGAUCAGCUAGAGAGAGAGCACCAAGAGGGAGAUCAGCUAGAGAGAGAGCACCAAGAGGGAGAUCAGCUAGAGAGAGAGCACCAAGAGGGAGAUCAGCUAGAGAGAGAGCACCAAGAGGGAGAUCAGCCAAAUGGAGAGCAAGCAGCAGAAGAAAGCUUAAAGGAAGAACUGUUAGAGUUAAACCAGUCAAAGAGAGAACAACUACAAAGAAGGCAGCCAAAGAGAGAGAAGUUAGAGAGAGAGCAGUCAGUAUGUGGCCAGCCAGAGUCUCAGACAGCUGGGGGAAUUGUGGAGCACGGUCCUGGACCAAUGGUGACUGAGCUAGAGGAGACAGAGGACUUGGAGACCAUCCACCUGGAGCCACGCCCACCACUUCGUAUUGACGAUCUCCCUGACCUGGAGGAUGUGGAUGUUGAAGAUCCAGACAGCACCUCCAUCUUCUCUCAGACUGAACGUUAUGCCAUGGAUUCUUUAGACGAGGACGUGUCUGCUCGAAUUCUCCUGCAAAAUGUAAUUCAAACGGAGUCCUCCAGGUCCCCAAUUACCCGCAGUGCCUCCCAGGCUCAGUUCCAGUCCCCGGGGUCCAGAGUCAGGUGUAGUAUCAGACUAAGGAGGAGUGAUGUUGGGGCCCUUACACCACAGGAGGCCCUCAAACAGAACAUCAAAAAGAAGCUUCGUGAGAGCACUUCCAGGUUUUCCCUGCCAGUGCCACCCAGUAAGAGGCGGACAAUAUCAGAGGGAGUCAGGAAGAUAAACACGCCUGCACCAGCCACAGCCUCACUUCUCUAUGACGAUGACAUCACACCUAGAUACCUACUCAGGGGGAUCCUGCAGACAGAGCCGGAGACAUCCCUUCUGGUUCAGGACCGGCCAGUCAAGAAGGAGCCAGAGCUGCCCUCCACAAACUCCAGUCUUCACAGCAACCGCCCAAGUACAGGGCUGUCUGACUUGGAUCUCCCUGACAUGACCACCACAGUAAACCUGUCAAAUACAGUGAAGGGACUAAGCAGGAAGCGACCACAUCGGAGUCUCAACAUAACAGCAUUCAACAGGCAGCUUGAACAUGAAGAUGGAGAGGGUGAAGGUGGCAGUGCAACAGAAAAAGACCUCUCAUCCCUGUCUUCUGCCUCUCCAAGCUCUAUCACCUUCUCCCUGAAAACACCCUUUGUGGAUGUUCAGACUGAGAAAAGGGGAUUUCAAAGGAAGGUAACAAAUCGUAAAAAAAUUUGCCUUGAGGAGUUUGACAAGGCCCUACAGAAUCGACAGGCGGCGAUGGGUGGAGACCCUGAGCUGAGUGUUAGGGAGGAUCAGCAGGGUCUCAGUGAGACCGUUCGGUUUGAGGGGUUCACCUCGGGACUGAGUGACCUCACCGCUCCUGAUAUCACCCAUGAUAUCAUCACCGGCAACACAGCGCUCUACGCCCCGCCUGUUGACACAGCAACAACCUUCACUAUCACCACCCAGGACAAAGACACCAUCACGGGAACACAGAUCCAGCGAGAAAUGGGAGGAAUGAAGGAUGAGAAAGAUAUGGAGGAGGUAGGGGAACAAAAGGAGGACAAGAUGGAAUUAGACAACAAAGAUGGAGAGGAUUUGGCUGGAGAUGCUGGGCAGAGAGAGGACUCAGUGAGACAGAAGGAAUCCAAAUCACAGACUGAAGAAGUAGAAGCGGUAGCUGACUCCCAGACAGAAGUAGAGGAUGAGGUGGCUGACUCCCAGACAGAAGUAGAGGAUGAGGUGGCUGACUCCCAGACAGAAGUAGAGGAUGAGGUGGCUGACUCCCAGACAGAAGAAGAGGAUGAGGUGGCUGACUCCCAGACAGAAGAAGAGGAUGAGGUGGCUGACUCCCAGACAGAAGAAGAGGAUGAGGUGGCUGACUCCCAGACAGAAGAAGAGGAUGAGGUGGCUGACUCCCAGACAGAAGGGGAUGAGGUGGCUGACUCCCAGACAGAAGGGGAUGAGGUGGCUGAAUCUCAGACAGAAGGGGAUGAGGUGGCUGAAUCUCAGACAGAAGGGGAUGAGGUGGCUGAAUCUCAGACAGAAGGGGAUGAGGUGGCUGAAUCUCAGACAGAAGGGGAUGAGGUGGCUGAAUCUCAGACAGAAGGGGAUGAGGUGGCUGAAUCUCAGACAGAAGGGGAUGAGGUGGCUGAAUCUCAGACAGAAGGGGAUGAGGUGGCUGAAGCUCAGACAGAAGGGGAUGAGGUGGCUGAAGCUCAGACAGAAGGGGAUGAGGUGGCUGAAGCUCAGACAGAAGGGGAUGAGGUGGCUGAAGCUCAGACAGAAGGGGAUGAGGUGGCUGAAGCUCAGACAGAAGGGGAUGAGGUGGCUGAAGCUCAGACAGAAGGGGAUGAGGUGGCUGAAGCUCAGACAGAAGGGGAUGAGGUGGCUGAAUCUCAGACAGAAGGGGAUGAGGUGGCUGAAUCUCAGACAGAGGAGGAUGAGGUGGCUGAAUCUCAGACAGAGGAGGAUGAGGUGGCUGAAUCUCAGACAGAGGAGGAUGAGGUGGCUGAAUCUCAGACAGAGGAGGAUGAGGUGGCUGAAUCUCAGACAGAGGAGGAUGAGGUGGCUGAAUCUCAGACAGAGGAGGAUGAGGUGGCUGAAUCUCAGACAGAGGAGGAUGAGGUGGCUGAAUCUCAGACAGAGGAGGAUGAGGUGGCUGAAUCUCAGACAGAGGAGGGAUGAGGUGGCUGAAUCUCAGACAGAAGGGGAUGAGGUGGCUGAAUCUCAGACAGAAGGGGAUGAGGUGGCUGAAUCUCAGACAGAAGGGGAUGUAGCGGCUGAAUCUCAGACAGAAGGGGAUGUAGCAGAUGAAGGGGGACAGGUAGUGGAAGAAGGGCAGGAAAAACGAUUGACAUCACACAAUGCGAUGCACAUCAGUCGGAGAGCUUAUUGCUCAGAGGGUGGCGUCAAGGUUGCUGGAGUGAUGGAAGGAGGGAGGGGCUACAAGAGCAUGGGAGCAGCGCUCCA